AAGUUCUCAUUAAUAUUAUCUACUUCAUUUCUUAAUUUCAUUAUUAUCCUCUCUCUUUUUUUAAUUAUCAUUCUCUUUCUUAUUUUAAAGAAGCAAAACAGAAUCCUCUCUUUUGACUCUUUUGAUUUUGUUGUUUUAUUUUCAUUCAUUCAUCUUUAAAUCACUAAUCUUCUGUUUUCAGUAAUCUUAGAUCUGCUUUUAUUAAGGAAUUCAAAGCUCAUCAACAAAAAAACAGUAUAUAUAUAAACUUAUCAAGGUGGAUGAAAAGGAAGAAGCUUCAACAUCAUCUUUGUAUAUGGAGAAACAAGAUCCAUCUCAACCUACAAAUCAAGGUAAUGAAAAGAAAAAACAUUAUAGAGGAGUUAGGCUGAGACCAUGGGGAAAAUGGGCAGCUGAAAUAAGAGAUCCUAAAAAAGGAGCAAGAGUAUGGCUUGGCACAUUUGAAACAGCUGAAGCUGCAGCUACUGCUUAUGAUGAAGCUGCAUUGAAGUUCAAAGGAAACAAAGCCAAGCUUAAUUUCCCUCAACUCAUUUCUAAUUCCCCGCAUCCAGAUCCAUCGCCAACGCGUAAUAACAAUAACGGAAAAAGAGAUUCAUCUCUAUCUUCAUCUUCAUCUUCAUCUUCAUCAUCGAAGAGUACUCCACCAAAAUCUCUUUUUCCGUUAUCAACAACGGAAAAAGAGAUGUUUCCAAACCUAAUGCAAUAUGCGCAAGUGCUUUGCAGUAAGGACGAUGAAGAUCUUCGACGUGCUACUAUAUGUCUUUAUAAUAAUAGUAAUAAUAAUAGUAAUCAUCACAAUAAUACUAAUGAACGAUUUCGUUAUUAUAAUUUGCCGCCAUUCUUCUCAACAAUGACGCCAUCUUCUACUUCUAAGGAUGAUGUUAUGUCUAGGGUCGGAGAUCAUCGCCCUUUAGAUAUGAGAAAUGAUCUUGAUGAAAGGAAUACCAAAGGGUCAUAAUAUCAAUAUAAGGGCUAUGAAUUCUUUCGAUUUUUAAAUAUUGUAGUUGAUGAAUAAAGAUUGAUCGACUCAUAUUAUAAGUAUUACAAAUUAAUUUUUAAAUAAAAUUCAAAAUUAAAUAUAAGUUGUUUGAUCUUUAGCCACAAGUUGAAUUUGGUGGUUGAUAUGUGAAUAUUAGGUUAUCAUAUUGUAUUU